CAAAAUUGACAGGUCAAAAUUUGACAGAUCAAAAUUUGAAACGGUCAAAAACCUACUACGUAAAAUUUAUAUAAAUGUUUCCUAUAGAUUUUUUCUUAUACGCGUAAAGACGAUCUCAAUUUUAAUCGAUCCACAUACGAAAAUAUAACACGAUCGAUAAGCGAUGCAAGCGCGUCAUCAUCCUCCGCGAACAUGCAUUCAACUGCACUUAUUUUAGUCCAGAGUAUCGCCCGAAGAUGAGCGAAUCGGCUCGCAAACGUCAGCAUCGCGCUUUACGCUGUUUGUUACUGCUUUCCAGAGACGAUUUUGUCCUUGCAGGAACGAGAGCGAUGACGUUUAGCGAAGCAGAAGUCCCCCGCGUUCAGUGAAGACGAAGGAGAGGAAGAUUAUAUAUUUUGAUUUAUUGUCGCGAUUAAACUGACAGGUGAAUGAAUUGUCCGAUCUUGCGACAGACGUGAGACGCAUCAUGGCGUGCACCAGCGAAAACAUUACUUGCGGUGGCUUUGUAUUCUUUAACAAUUUUGACUCGGCCAACCUGGCUAAAGUGGAACAAGUGAGAGUACCAGAAAACUCGGAUAAAGAUGUUUACGAAAUUGAAACCAAAUUGACCAAUAACUCGAAUUCCAAGGAGAUGCCGGAUUAUGAAUUUAACUUGUGGACGAAGCACGAUUGUCAUGGCACACAAUUUCAAAAUAGCAAUAGAACUUGGUUUUAUUUCGGAGUCAGAUCCAAUUGUCCUAGUGUCUCGGUUAGGUUCAACAUAGUUAAUUUAAAUAAACAGGUCAAGAUGUUUAGUCAAGGAAUGUGUCCGGUCUUUAAAAUUGUACCAGGACAUUUACACUGGGAGCGGAUUCGUGAAAAACCUACCUACACUCUUGAUCAGAGAGGAAGUGACUUUACUUUAUCAUUCCUCUACUAUACUCCAGAAAAUUCAAAAGCAAUUACUUACUUUGCUUUUACCUACCCAUUCUCGUAUACAGAUUUACAAAAUUAUUUGAGAAGGAUUGAUGCAAGAAUGAGUAAAAGGAGUGUAAUGUGCACAGAUGAUAUCUAUUAUCAUAGAGAAUGUGCAAUAAAAUCUUUGGAAGAUCGUAGAUUAGAUGUAUUAACAAUAAGUUCUUAUCAUAACAUAUCGAUGGAGAGAGAAGAUAGACUGAUUAAUAUGUUUCCUGAGAGAAGUGAGGAAAGGCCUUACAAAUUUCGGGAUAAAAAGGUAAUUUUUAUUAGCGCCAGAGUCCACCCAGGUGAAACACCAUCUAGCUUUGUUCUGAACGGUUUUCUCAAUUUUUUAUUGAAUCGCGAGGAUCAGAUUGCCAUACAUUUACGUCGCCUAUAUGUGUUCAAAUUAAUACCAAUGCUCAAUCCAGAUGGUGUUGCUAAAGGUCAUUAUCGCAUGGACACUAAGGGAGUAAAUCUGAAUAGGGUUUAUCUAAAUCCUUCCGAAGUAGAUCACCCGACGAUAUAUGCUGCGAGAAAUUUAAUAAGAUAUUAUCACAAUUUUUAUCAAGUACCAAGUGAAUUAAUUGACGAUUUGUCAGAUAUAAAUUUAGAAAUUGUAGACAGCAAUUUAAGUGUUAUAAAUUCGACUACUUCAAUAGCAAACGCUGUACGCGACACAACUACAAGAUUGUUGCAACAAGUAACAUUUAUGUCCCUGGAUGAGAAUAGAUGUGCUCUGGAAGCUAAUGAGAAACGUUUAUUAACAUUGGAAAAUUUGGAUAAUGCAGUUAUUGAUGAAAGAGAUGGAUUAUCUAAAGAAAAUGGCAAAAAUGAAGUCGCAGAGGACAGAACGAGUGACAAAGUAACUUAUACAGCUGUUGGUACAGGCGAGGUAUCGAAGUCGGAUAAUUCUGGACUGUACUUAUACAUCGAUCUGCAUGGUCAUGCUUCAAAGAAGGGCGUAUUUAUGUAUGGAAAUCACUUUACUGAUCCAGAGGAUACUAUUGCAUGUAUGCUAUUACCUAAAUUGAUGUCCAUCAACAAUCCACACUUUCAUUUCACAUCGUGCAAUUUUGCAGAGAGAAAUAUGUACAUUAUAGACAAACGAGACGGUAUGUCGAGAGAAGGUUCGGGACGUGUAGCAGUGUACAAGAUGACUGACCUAAUACGUAGUUACACUCUGGAAUGCAAUUAUAAUUCUGGUCGUUUGGUGAAUACAAUACCGACUAGAAUUCGCGAUGGCGUGAACAAAACUAUGAAUCACAUAUUUGUUCCCCCGAAAUAUACUCCAGCAGUAUUCGAAGCGGUUGGAGCAGCGUUAGGUCCAUCUAUUCUUGAUCUCACUGGAAACAAUCCCAACAGCCGAUUACCAAACAGUCAAUAUCGUUCUCUAAGAGGAGUAAAAUCUCAUUUGAAAUUAACAUAUGUGAACAAUCUGUCCUCACCGCCCAACAGAUCGAUGCGUAAGGAUAAUGAGACUGUCGUCGCGCAGGAUACCUGCAUCCUGAAAGAAUUGGAGACAAAAUUAAACGACGCGGUGACUGGAGCGAAAAAUGCCAUUAAAAAUGAAAGUAACUUGGUGAAGAAAUGUAUUCUACGCCGUGGUGCCUCUCUUUAUGCAGCGGUGAAAAGAAUUAAGAACAAUAAGAAGCCUCGGCAAACGCUUGCUCGACGUGCUUUAAAGACUCAUUGCUCCAAUAAUGUGGAAAACAGUGCGAUAAUCUGUGCUGUGAAAUCCGAAGUGGAAGCGAAGAGCUUCCUGAAGACGGUCGAUCACUAUCGAUCGGGUAAAUCUAAUGUAAGCUCGGUGAUGGGUGACAAUCUCGAGCCUCAUUUAAGUAAGAGAUCGACGAAUAAUUCGACGAGGAUAUCUUCCGAAGAAACAGCAGCAAUAAGACACGGUGCGAAAAGAUUGAAGAUUUCGUCCACCAGGACACUCAAGGCUCUCCCUGAGAUCAGAGAAUCAUCCAACGUCGUGGAGGAAACCAGCACGAAGAUGUCCUCGAAGAUGAUACGUGCUCACGAAAAACAGAAUGCUAAAGGAACCCAUGAUAGGACCAAACUUGGUGGACACAUUAAACCGGAUAAGUCCUUUAGACUGAAAGAAACAAAUAAGACUGCUGUUAAGGAGAGCUCUGUAUUUGAAGAAAAGCAUGAAGCAAAAUCCUAAAUAAUUAGCUUCAAUAUAAAAAUUAUAAAAAAGUUAUUUAUUAAUUUAUUUUGUCGUUAUUUUUUCUGAGAAUCUUUUCAGAAACAUAUAUUUCGCAUAUUGUAAUAUACAUAGGACGUGUUAUUGUGAUGUAAUAUUAACAAAAAUAUUUCCUUAUAAAAGAAAUCUAAUAAAAGGUAUAUAUAUAAGUAAAUUUUUUAUACAUCCCUAAUAUGCAAAAUGUACA